AUGGCAUUACAUGCUAGACAAAUUAUCUUCUUCAUAUUCUCCCUUACUACUCUCACUAUUGCUAGUCGCAUCAGAAGAUACAACUUUACAAUCAGCAGCAAAUGGAGUGCCGCAGAUGGUCAUGGGCGUCCAUUGUUUGCGAUUAAUGGUCAGAGUCCGGGCCCUCUGAUUGAGGCUGACGAAGGUGAUGAAAUUGAAGUCUUUGUAGACAAUCAACUGGGUGCUGAGACAACAAUUCAUUGGCAUGGCGUCUAUCAAGUCGACAAACCAUGGAACGACGGAGUUCCAGGUGUAACCCAGUAUUCGAUACAACCACGCGAUACAUAUCUCUAUCGUUUCACUGUGCAGCAGCAGUAUGGAAGCUAUUUCUAUCACGGACAUUUUGGUCCAGCAUUUGCGGAUGUUCAGCCGAAACAGGGCCAAGAAUGGAUUUGGAUCAACUUCAUCCAUUCUGGUGCACACCACGAGCUGCAGAUCAGCGUGGACGAACACGAGUUCUUUGUCGUAGCUGCCGACGGCGAGUUUGUUCAUCCGCAGAAAGUCCACGUUGCCAAUUGUAACUUGGGGGAACGUAUCAGCAUACUCGUUCGCUUGGACAAAACCCCAGGGGACUAUGCGAUCAGAGUUACCUCCCUUCGGGAAGAACAAGUCAUCCAAGGAAUUGGAAUUCUGAGGUACGCAGCGGCUCAGGUUUAUAGGGGCGCUGAACCUCCGGAUACAACGCCGUGGGUUCAUCUCAAUGGCAGUCUCAUUGACCGCACACUCGUGAAGAUGGACGAGAUGAACCUUGCACCGUACCCAAAACGUCCACCGCCACCCACAGCAGACCACACUUUGAAGUUCUCUGUCAAUAUGACGGGUAAAAGUAGUUGGGCGUUGAAUAUUGGCCCUCAUCAGGCGUUUCGCCAACAGCUGCCACCACUUCUAUGGGAAGAAGGUUCUCGGGGUGUCACAACUUAUGGUGACAAGGCUCAGGGGCUAAUGAAGAAUGGAUCAGUUGUCGACAUCAUCUUCAGCAACGGCGCAAACGUCUCUUCGCAACAUCCCUUUCACAAGCACAAUAACAAGGCUUGGAUCAUUGGAACUGGCACCGGCGGGUUUCCAUGGGCAUCUGUUGAGGAUGCCAUCCAAAACGGCGGGGUAGUAGAUCGUUUCAACUUCGUCGAUCCACCGCUUAGAGAUGGAUGCAGGCUGGGUAACGAAACUGGGGACUGGACCGUUAUUCGUUAUCAGAUAACCUUCCCAGCAGCAAGCAUGCUACAUUGUCAUAUGAUACAUCACUUUGCAGCAGGGCAACAGGUGGUGAUUCUCGAGGGUGUUGAAUCAAUGGCCCCUAUACCAACAGAUGUGAAGGACAGGAUUCACUCCAACUUCCAGCCACCCCUUCGCUAUGGACCACUUGAUUAG